AACAAAAAAGUUUGCUUUUCUUUAUCAGAUCCUGAAGUAUGUUGAGUGUUUCAUUGGACCGAACAUCAUGGCAAUGCACACAAUGCUGAUCAACAAACCUCCUGAUGCAGGUAAGAAGACGUCCCGUCACCCGAUGCAUCAGGAUCUGCAUUACUUUCCCUUUCGACCAGUCGAUCGGAUCGUCUGUGCGUGGACAGCUAUGGAGACUGUGAACAGGCAGAACGGCUGCCUGGUCGUCCUGCCAGGAUCACACAAGGGCACGCUGCAGGAACAUGACUAUCCUGAGUGGGAGGGCGGGGUGAACAAGAUGUACCAUGGAGUCCGAGACUAUGACCCAGA